AUUUUGUGAGUUCAUUGUUUCUUAAUCUGUUUUAUAUAAAAUAAUAAUUUUUAAUACGAGUGUUUUCUUUUCAGUGAAAUCUUUGUUAACGAAAAUUAUCAUUGACUUUAUAAAGACAAUUUAAUUCAAAAUUCAACUUCAAAGUUUGUUAUUCUGUAAUUAUGUAAAAUUGCUAGAUGAAAGAGCAAAGUUUAGUAUAAAGUGUUACGAUAGUAGUGGGGAUAAUGUAUUGGAUGACAAAGCGAAUCAGUACGGUCGAAGUCAGAUGGUGUCAAAGAGUACUAUUUUAAGUAAAGUAUAUCCUAUACAGUACGUGCAACUAUUGGCAAUCCGUACCAGUUGAUUCAUACAAUAUAGUACAUAACAAUAACGCAACGAUACCGUCUCCACUAGUUACAUGAUGGCUAUCGGAAAACGAAGAGGUAUACACACGGCAUCCGGUAACUCCACAAUGUACGGCUCUUCAGCAAAUAAUUUAAGGUCGAGUCGUCUAAAUUUCCGUCCAAAUUCUACUCAGGAAGACAGGGGCGGAACUCGACCAACUGCUGCACCAAGCUCCAUAGGUCUCAUACUCGUUACGAUGUUGAUACAUGUUUGUAAAAAAUCUUUGUUAUUCGAUACAAGGCUCAAAGUUGCUAUAUACUGCGGUGCGAUUUUCGUAGUAUCACUAAUAGCGGACUUCAUCACUAUACCAAGAACAUAUUUCUCACGUUCUGAUAACGUGUUAAACCAGUACUUUGUCAAGUGGGGAUGGGGAUGGUUGUUGACUGUGACCAUUCCAUGGGUUGCUUUAACUGCACACACACUUGGUUGUGGUCGCAGAUCAAUUUUACUUAAACAUCUUGCCAGAUUGGGUGUAGCUACAAUUGCAUGGAUGUUAUGGAUUAAAGUGUUUAAUUAUAUUGAAACAAAUUAUGGUCGAUGCCUUAACACAAAAGACAUACAAUUUCAAACAAAAGCAAAAUGCCUUCAGUCUGGUAGAUUUUGGAGUGGUUUAGAUAUAUCUGGACAUACGUUCAUUCUCAUAUAUUCUAGUUUAAUUUUGGCGGAAGAAGGUUCAUCUCUGGUUGGUUGGGAAGGUAUAAAAGAUUUAAUAAUGCUUGAAGAACAUUCACGAACAACUCCUAAUGAACCCAGCACUGGACCCCUAAGAAAUCUUUCAAACAUUGAUUUAGAAUUUUUAAAAAAAGCACACAAAGCACUUACACCUUAUUUGAGAGGUCUUUUUGUUGUGAUGACCCUACAACAGUUACUUUGGGACAUCAUGUUAGUAUCUACAAUGCUUUAUUAUCAUAUUAUGAUAGAAAAAUUUCUAGGAGGUAUAGCUGCUGUUAUAACAUGGUUUGUUACAUAUCAGUGGUGGUACAAGUUGCUUAAAAGUUUACUGCCUCCUCCUGGUGAUGGUUUGUUUAAAUACGCUGAUAUUAGAAAUCAUGACAGUAGUUCAAUUAGGUCAAGACGAAGUACAUUAAAUGGUACUAAUAGGUUUAUGGGUCUUCCAAUUCGAACAACUCAAGAUAAUAUUGAUAUAGGUGGUAUCAAUAGGCAGUUAGAUACAGAGUUAUCCUCUUCUAGAAUAUAACAUUGUUAAAUAUAUGUUAAUUUUUAUUUGGUUGAAAUUUUUGUUAUUUAUUUAAACAAAAAGAAUAUUUAGUUGUAUAAUACAGUCUAUUUAUAAAUAAGUUUAGAUACUUUUUAAUAUUACCGACUUAAUCACAAUAAGAGUUGCAGAAAAAAAGUUUUCCAAAAUUAAUAUUUUCUAUAUUCAAAACAUCAAAAAUCUGAUACACUUUGUUAACAUAAAGGAAUCAUAAAAUAACACUUAUUAUAUAUUAGUCUGAAGUGUGAAUUUUCAAAGUGGAUUGGUUGAUUGUUAUAGAAACCUCAGAAGAUCAACAUAUAUUGUCAAUAUUUUCUUUAACAAUUUUAUAUUUAGAAUAAUAAAAAGAGGUUUGUAUAGUCAUUUUCAGCACACUUUACCCUCCAAACUAAUACAAAAUAACUGCUAUUUUAUGUUAUCAAAUUAUACUAAAUUUGUGGUUUCUGUGUUUAUGCUCAUUUUAAAUAGACUGUAUAUCAAAUGUAUCAAUAUAUUUUAUGUAAAAUGUUUAGGGUUAUUUAUUCUAUGUUUUUAUUAGUUUUAUUUAUCAAUUGAAGUGUUAAAUGCAAAGACUACAGUAUCAAAAAUGAGUUAAAAAGAAGUAAUAUUUAAACAUUACAAAGUUAGAUAUUUGUACAUCAUGAAGUUGUAGAACUACAUGAUAAUGUUCAAAAAUUUGAUAUUUCUCUGUAAUUAUACUUUUUAAUGUAAAAAAAUUACGGGGUAAAAAUAUCAAAUUUCUGUAGUUUUACUGCGGUUUCAUUACAUAUAAAUAAUAUUUAAGUUUAUAAUGUUUAGAUAUCCUUUUCUCAAAACUGACUGAUGACACUGAAACUCUUGUAUCCAACAAUACAAUUUAUGCCGUUUUUUACAAGCCACAUAGUCUAGAAUAUUUCAAUUUAUCAAAAGGUAAUGACUCAUUAAGUACCUCAAAUUAGUACUUAGAUGAAUUACAUAUUUAUUUGCAUACCUUAGACGAAAAUAUUUUCUUUAAAAAGAAGAACUUACUAAGUAUCGCUAUCUGUUAAAUGUGUACAUAAUGUAAUUAAAUGAAAUGUGUGUUUUUGUAUCUCUUUAUGGAUUGUUAAGUCGAUAACCAUUUAAUAUAAUCAUAAUUAUGGAUAUAUCUUUUGUGACAUUGUUUCAUAAUUUAUAUUUAAUAAACCUUAUUGUUAACUAAUUGUCCAAUGUAUAAAAUGAUAUAUGCUGUUCAAAGUACAAAAUACAUUAUGUUUUUUUUCUUUCAUAAAUUUUCAAACUACUCUACAAGAAGUCAUAUGCAAGAACACCUUUAAGAAAAAACAACUUCCAUGUCGCUACGUAUGUCCAAUAAAUUUAUUUAUUUAAAUAUAGAAAUAAUUGUGCACAAAAUUGUAUAGGAAUUAUUUGUUUCAUGUUCUAAACUGAAAUAUUUGUAAUUUUAUAACAUUUUGUGAUUGUAUACUAAACACAAAAACAGUGAUACAAGAUUACGCACACUUUGUAAUAUAUAUCUUGUUCUUCUCUCAGAUAAAAUUCAAAUUUUUUAAUCAAUGAAUUACUUGUACUAACGAUUAUCCUAAUCAAUGUUUAAAUGUAAUUUUUUUACGUUAUAUGAAGAAAUUAAUACUAAUAUUAAGAAUACGAACUUAAAUUGUUAUAAAAUAAAAAAAAGAAAAGAUUAUGGAAUAUUUAUACAGGCGUAAUAUAUUAUUGUCGCUUAAGAUCACUAAAUUUGUAUUUACUUAAAAACAUUAAGUUUACGAUAAUAGAAAUUUUGUGUCAACAAAAUCCCUUUUAUCUGUAUAUAAAUAAAUUACACGCUUGUUUUUGUUAACGUGCAUUUGGCAUUUUCUUAAAACAUCGUCUUGUAAUUUAUACCUAUUUCUACAAAUCAUGAUCAUUUGUUUCUUAAAAAAAUUCAGUGCUCGAAGCUCGUAUAUGAACGCAUGUGCAUGUUUUUAUAUACGUAAAACACACAUAUUUUGUUUAAUCUUCAAUAAUGAAACUGUACAGUAUGACGUUAUGUAUGUUUAUAUUAUAUUAACACGUUGAACGUCGGACAAAUUUUGUACGUCUUGCUUAGGACAUGAAAAUAAAACCUACUGCUUUCAUAUUAUUAAUGUAAUAUUAGUGUUAUUCAAAGUUACUUCUGUUUUAUUUAGCAAAACUUUUUAUUAGUCGAUAAAAUUAAUUUUGAUAUCACUAGUCAUUAGUAACAACUCGUUACCGAUCCCCAUAGUAUCAGUGAUAAGUCCGCAACCUUUAUGAUAUUCAACGCAUCAAGAGAAUUAGAAAAAUGAAGUGUUGACAUCGUGUUUAGAAAAGUUCGUGAAAUUAGAAAUGCUUUGUUUUUGAUAU